UCAUAAUUCACCUGAAGGCGGUUGAGGUAAAAGGCAGCCAGGGAUUAGCCGUAGCCGCAGCUAGUGGCCAAACACCGGACGACAACAAGUGCACCCGACCGGACACAACGCCAAUGAGUCCACUUCGAAUUUCACGUAGAGGCGCCGCUUUUCAUUUUGGUCGAGUUCGUUGUUUGGCGAGAGCAAAGUCACCUUUAUCUUUUUGUAUGCGGUAAAUUGUAACGCUUUGUUUCGGUGUGACGCGAGAGUAGAUGAACUUUUCUUUCUGCGACUUCCGUCCUUGGCUCCCCCAGCAAGUCAUUUGGGCUCAACCGGUUACUCCUAUGCGCAGGUCAGGGGGGUUGUGAGCCAUGCCUGGCUACAGCACUGGGGCCCCGCAGGCAUCCCGCCACCACAAACAUCACAGCCCCAGAGCAGACAAGUACACUCAGGCCCCAACUAUAUUCAGGGAGAACAAAACCAGCCACGACUCCUAUAAGGAUGCCUACAAACAGCAUCAUCACAACGACCGCUCCCGCUACUCUGAGACCAAACAUGGUCGCAAAGCACCCCCGCGCAGCGGCGCCGGACGGGGCUCAGAGACUAUUGGCUUCAUUCCUGGCUCGGCAGACAACACGCCCACCAACAGACAUGCCUGUGGCUCCUGUGCCUCCGUGGGGUGGAGCGGCUGUAAGGCCCUUAUCUGCUGUGUAUUGACCUGUGGAUUUUACGGCAGCCGAGAGCCUUGCCUGCCCGUUAACGAGAGCUCCACAGACAAUCCCCCUAAAGCAAGUAUUGAAUCCCACCCUCCUAAUGGCAUGGCUGUGACCAAAUCACCCGGUGGCGGCAUCUCUUUUGAGCCCAACAAGUCCACUAAAUCUGUUAAAUUGUUGCCCACAAGCGACAGCUUCCGCUACCCGGACGUGCGCAUCGCUGGUCAGUCGGUAAGGUAUCCGGUAAUGGCCUCCAAGAGGACCCGAACCUCGGGCCGGGGGGAAAGCCAGCGGCCAAUCAGCAACACCAGCCUGUUAUCCCGUGAGGACUACGACUUGGAUGACCGGAGCGACACAGGCACAGAUAUUGACUCGCUCAUCACCAAGAAGCUGCUGGAGCUAUACGCCCUGCAUCAGAUCGACCAGCUGGCCAAGUGCACUUCUGACUCGUCGUUCUCCCGCAAAACCAAUGAGAUCAGCGAGCUCAUAUACAGCAUCGCUCAGGACUACAACCUGGAGGAGCAGGAGGCAGAGUGCAAGCUGGUGCACGGCGUCAUUCGCAUCAGCACCCGCAAGGGCAAGAGGAACAAGAGGCAUCAUUCUGCGGGACAGCGUCCUAAUGGGCGCAGCGACGGCACUCUGCCGGACAGCGGCAACGAGACCAUGACCAACACCUUCAUGAGCAGUGACUUUCCAGAAGUGAAAGUGUCGGAGCAGACGCCGUCAGAUGAGCUGGCGAGGAAGAUGAGACAAUACAGCGGGAGAAGUGAGUUCUGCAAAGCAGUCCUUUAAGACAAGGGUCCACAACCAAAAAAAGUGGCUUGGGCAGUAGAUAUCUGCAUACUCCUCCAGCAGCGCCACGGCCUUUUCGCCCUACCUGCACGACACCGAAAUGGACUCGUCAGGUGCGCCUCUCCUUGCACUGUAGUGACAUGGCCGAAUAUUGUACAUGCCCGCCUUUUAUCUUCCUGCUCUCAUUUACUGAAUUCUGUUACACAAUGCUGGCUGGCUAAGUAAAGGGAAGGAAUUUGGGAAGUUUGACAUCUUUCCAUUGGAAUUAUUGAGAAUUAACUGGAGAUUUGGACGGAAUAUUUUUUUUCAUGCUCUGCCUCAUUUUAAAAUUUUCUGUAACUCUUGUUAUUAUUUUCCACAGUAGCCAAUGCAAAAUUUCCAGUUGAUUCCAGUAAAAUUCCCAUUCAAACUUCAAAAAUGCCUGGAAAUUUACUACCCUACUUGUAAGGGUAGUACAUUUUUCAUUUCAUGUCUCAUUUUUUAAAUGCUGCUAAUGUUAUAGGUUUCGAUGAAUUUACCUCCCUUCGGUCAAGUUGUUUUUACGAAAGUGAGAGGAUUGUUUAAAUUGUUGUUUUUGUAUUGUUUUUCUUUUUUUUUUUAUACUAUGUACCGGUAUUUGUUACAUAUGUCAAUUUGCAGUGUCAUGUUUGAAAAAGAUGAAUGUCUACACUUCAGGCAGGUUUGGCAGUCACGGCGUUGGAAUGUAGAAGAUGAAUGACCUGAAAGUUUAUACAAGUGAUUGUUCAACUUUUGUCAGGGCUUACAGGCGUUUUAAGCGCCACACUAUCAUGUUUUGACUAAAGGAUUUAGCCAUAUUUCCUUGUAAAUAUUAUUUUGAAUUUACUUCAUGGGUUGUUAAACCCCUUGUGACAUUUGAAUGCAUUUAUUUUUUUUUUUUUUAAUUAUGAAAGUGGUGAGUGCUGUUUUGGACAAAGUAAAAAUCUCAAUUUUAUUGUCAUUUCAUGUUCAAUAAAGAUGUGUAUUUGUA